AUGGACCACCACUGUCCCUGGACAAACAACUGCGUCAGCCACACCACUUUCCCCCACUUCCUCCGUUUCCUCCUCUACACCACCCUCGGACUAUCCCUCCUUCAAUCCUUCCUCUUCACUCGCCUCUCCCACCUCUGGUCCAACUUAGACAUGCCCUCCUACCUCGGCCCCACCCCCUUCCAACUAGGCCACCUCUUCGCCGUCCUAAUCACAAACUCAAUCACCCUCUUCGUCCUCGGGGUCCUCUUCCUACGAAACCUCUGGUGCCUAUCCAUCAACCAAACAACAAUCGAAGGCUGGGAAAUCGAGCGCCACAAAACGCUUUUACGUCGUGCCCGCCAAUACGGCGGCUACCUGACCACCCCGGAAGGUGCGAAGAUGCGCAUCCGGAAACAAGAAUUCCCCUACGAUAUCGGUAUCUGGUCGAACAUUGUCCAGGGUAUGAAUUCGAGGAACCCGUUGAAUUGGCUUAAUCCUUUCGCUGCUACACCCAGUUUGAGUGGUGGGUUGAGUUUUGAGACGAAUGGUUUUGAGGACGAGGGCACGGUUUGGCCGCCUCCAGAUCCGGAUCGUGCGUAUAGGAGGAAUGCGACGGCGGUUAAUGCUGAUGCGUUUCGAUAUGCGGAGUCGGACUUGAAUGCGAAGGAUACCGUGGCUGCAUUUAAGGCGAGGCAGGCGGAAGACGCAGUGAGGAGGAGGAGGCCGUAUGCUGGAGUGGUGGAUGGGGAGGCGGCGGACGGUGAGAUGGGGAGAAAUGAACAAGACUUUACCUACGGAGAUGAUGCUAGUGAUGAAGUCGAGGAAGAAGAAGAGUUUGAGACGAGAAAUGGUGCAAAAGAGCGGGAAGGCGAGGCAGCCUGGCGGAAUUCAGAGGGCGAGCGGCUGAAGGAUUUUGGUGUGGACGAAGAUGUGGAGUUUUACGAUGAGCAGGAUGAUGAUGUGCCAUUGAGCGAACUUAUUGCUCGAAGACAAGCCGCUUCUACAGCCAAAAACAGCCACUGA